AUGCCAGUGCUAUCGGGCCAGAGAAUGGCCGUGUCAGUGGUCGAUUCGGAAAGAGCUCACAGCGGCGAAAUGUCCAAGGCGGACAACGCCGUGCCGCUGUGGCUGACACGAGCGCUGGACAGACCCAUGGCUUUCGCCAAGAUGGAGGGUCCAGGAGACGUGCCACGUCUGGGGGCGUUGAUUCAAUGUUUCGUCACAGCUUUGAAAGACCACAGCUUCACGGAUUUUGAGGACUUCGAAACCUCCAUGAAAUCCUUGACAUCAGAAGAGCUGGCAGCCGCACGUUGCCGCCUCCACGCAUCCGAGCAGCGCUGGCGCCAGCUGCUGUCCUCCUCCGACGCCGCCGCAACGCCGACGACGACAUGGCAGGGCGCCGCGGCGCCCGCGCUGGAACUCUGGGCACCGCGAGAAGGAAAAUGGAUCAAUCUGCAGAAGAUCUGUGCCGAAUGCAAUGGAGUCUUGCUAGUUUGGCUCCGGCACUUUGGCUGA